AUGAAGACAACCGGAGCUGUUGUCCCUAUAAAAGACGGACGUGGUAAACAUAAAAAUAGACCAAAUGCACUAAGCGCUGACCAAAAACAAUCUGUCAGAAAUCAUAUAGAUGCUAUACCAAAAUAUCAGAGCCACUAUAGCAGAGCAAAUAACAUCAACAAAAUGUAUCUUAACUGCGAUAUGUCCAUAGCAAGCUUGCAUAAGGAUUAUUAUGUUCCGUGGUGUCAACAACAAAACAUUAUUCCAGUGAAACAAAGUGCUUACCGUAAAAUAUUUUGCACUGAAUACAAUAUCGGUUUCAAGCUGCCCAAGUCUGACACAUGUAAAAUAUGUGACGAGUCAAAGAUCAAACUUGAUAUUGUCAAAUCAAACAACGAUGACAAAGAGGAACAAAGGCUAACUACUUCCUUGACUUUACACCAAAUAGAACUAAAGCAAUGCAAAAUUUGCUGA